GGGUGAACGUGUCGUACCCCUCGCGCCCCGGCACCCCCCCCCUGUCCUCCACCCAGCUGCUGGUGAACCCCGAGCUGCAGGAGUUCCAGCUGGUGGAUCUGUCCCGACGCUUCCUCAACCUCGACUCCUUCUGGACGCUGCCCCGCCACUUCCUGGGGAGCAAGAUCGACUCGUACGGCGGAACUCUGAAGUUUAAGAUCCGUUACACUCUGGCCCGCGGUCUCUCAGAGCCGGUGGAGAAGCCCGAUGUGAUCCUGGUGGGGAACGGACGCCGGCUGGUCUACAAGCGAGGAAAACCCACCCCCGCCCAGGUGGCGAACCAGAGGGAGAUCAGCUUCACUGAGGAUAAGUGGCAGCACUCUAACGGGCGACCGGUGACACGGGACGACCUCCUGAUGACCCUCGCUGACCUCGACAGCAUCAGCAUCAGAACCAUCUACGAUAGUCACAUGGUCAGCGUGGCGCUCAGCGACAUCGUGAUGGAGACCACCACCGUGGAGUUCAGCACCAUGGGGCACGCGUACGACGUCGAGGAGUGCAGAUGUCCCCCGGUUACCCCGGUUACCCUGGUUACUCCGGUCUCUCCUGUGAGUCGU